AGCGAUUGUACAAAUAAAUAUACUGUACUGAUGGGAUUACCGUCAGUACCACGACACACGAUGAAGGUGAUUCUUCUAUUGGCAGGAGUGGCAGUAGCACUAUGUGCCGUCCCACCCGUGGACCAGCGCCGGCCACAUGUUCACAUGAACGAUGAUGGGAGCUACUUCUUGACCAACGAUGGACCUUCUGGACCCCACUACGUGGGCCACAUCGGUCGUGGUGCUGUACAGGGCAAUGACAAUGGUGUGACGUUUGACGUGCAAGCCUCUGGAGAGACCUGGAGAGGUGGCCUCAAGAUCAGUGUCACCUGGACUGGUCCCGCCGACGUCGUGUUCCAGGACUGCAUCGAUUUUGGCAACAGCCAAUGGUUCGCUGGUCCCGAACAGAAGCAGCAAUACUGGCCCAUCCAGAAGUCGUUCCUCAAGAAAUACUCAGCCGUGUCCAAAGAGGAAGACAAUGCCGCCGUCGGCGAACGUUAUUGGCUCAACUCCGACGGCAUGUACAUCUAUGUCGCCCCUGAAGUGCCUCUCUUCAUCGACUACCACAACGAGCUUGAGAACCAUCUCUGUCUGAUCGCCGAAGUCGCUGACCCCUACUCCACAAGGAGAACCGAAAAUGUCCUCAAAUACGACCUCUGGUUCUUUGAGAACCCUAAAAUUGCCCACCAACACGCUGUAGACAACUACCUUGGCAAGCCAUCUGGUGUUCCCGACUACAGGAUGAUCCAAUACCCUAUCUGGUCUACUUGGGCACGUUACUCCAGGGAAAUCGAUCAAGACAAUCUCUGGGCCUUCGCCAACGAGAUCAAGGACAGUGGUUUCCCUAACGCUCAGUUUGAAAUCGACGAUCUUUGGGAAGUCUGCUACGGUUCCCUGUUUGUAGACGUAAGGAAGCUUCCUGACCUCAAGCAGUUGGUACAAGACAUCAAGGGGCUUGGCUUCAGGGUCGCUAUUUGGGUGCAUCCCUUCAUCAACAAGGACUGUGAGCCUUGGUACUCUGAGGCUUUAGGCAAGGGUUACCUGGUCCUGAACGAGGAAGGCAGCCCUGACACGACCUGGUGGAACAACAACGGCUCCAUCCCUGGCUACAUCGACUUCACAAACCCUGAGGCUGCCGAAUGGUUCUCUGACAGAGUCCGCAACGUGAUUGAGACCUACGACAUCGACACAGUCAAGUUUGAUGCUGGAGAAUCUAGCUGGUCUCCUCAGAUCCCAGUACAGAACGGUCUGGACAUCAACCUGCACCCUGGCCACAUCGUGCAAGCUUACGUGCGCACUGUCGCCAAGUUCGGACCCGCCAUCGAAGUCAGAUCUGGAAUGAGGACCCAAGACCUGCCAGUCUUCAUCCGUAUGGUCGACAAGGACACACUAUGGGACUUCAACAACGGUCUGGAGUCUUUGAUCACCACUCUUCUGUCCAUGAACCUGAACGGCUACACCCUGGUGUUGCCUGACAUGAUCGGAGGCAACGGCUACAAUGAGAAGCCCAGCAAGGAGCUGUUCGUCAGGUGGCUACAGGCUAACGUGUUCAUGCCUACUCUUCAAUACUCCUUCGUACCCUGGGACCAUGACCAGGAGGCUGUAGAAAUUUGCCGUCGCUACACCCACCUCCACGCGGAGUAUGCUGACGUGAUCUUGGCUGCUAUGGAGAAGUCAGUCAGUGACGGUACUCCCGUCAACCCUCCCAUCUGGUGGCUCGACCCUCAUGAUGAAGAAGCUUUCGCUAUUGCUGACGAAUUCCUUUUGGGUGAGAAGAUCUUAGCAGCUCCAGUGGUGAAGCCGGGAGCAGUAUCCCGUGACAUCUACCUGCCUCGUGGCGCCUGGAGAGAUGGGAACAAUGGACAUGUCAUCCAUGGUCCCAUCUGGCUGAGGAACUACCCAGCUCCAUUGGACGUCCUCCCAUAUUUCACUUUAAUCGAGUAAUAGAAAAACGAACUCGAAUGUUUUGUUAUUAUUAAAUAAUUAUUGUAUAUUUUAA